GGAAAUUACCUCCCCGAAUGUUUUCGAGUUUCUAUGGCGGUAGGGUACCAUAAAAUCUCACGUUGAAAAUGUCUGUGCGGAUUCUGAACGGUUUCGAUCUUUCGAAAAAACUUUAUGAUAUCUGGACGCAUCGAGGACUUCUAGUGUCAAUAUAUAUAACUGAAUAUGUCUGACGGUGAAGGAGAUGAUGUUCCGGUCGCAGUACAACCCAGCGGUCCUAUGGACCUUAAUACAGCGCUUCAAGAGGUUCUAAAAACAGCAGUCAUUAACGACGGUCUUGCCCGCGGCUUGAACGAAUGUGCAAGAGCCUUGGAUAAACGCCAGGCUCAUCUUUGCGUUCUUGCUAACAACUGCGACGAACCCAGCUAUGUGAAACUGAUCGAAGCUUUGUGCAAUGAGCAUCAAAUCAGUUUGAUCAAAGUUGACGACAGCAAAAAGCUCGGGGAAUGGGCCGGUCUUUGUAAAAUCGACCAAGAAGGAAAACCCAGAAAAGUGGUUGGCUGCAGCAGUGUUGUUGUACGCGAUUGGGGCAAAGAAGGCCAAGCACAUGACGUGUUGGCAGAGCACCUGAAGAAGGUCUAAAUGUCUCGCUAUUUUGUUUUGUUCCAGUAAUAACAACGGUAUCGUACCCAGCAUUUUACUGCGAAUAAAUUCAAAUGCGAUGAAAA